AUGGCCUCCAAGUCUGCAAAAGGUGGGCUGGAGGUGAAGCCCCAGAACCGUAACCGUCGUUCACCAUCCCGAUCCCCUGGUCAUAGGAAUCGGAAAAAAGCUGCGGCGUCGAAAAAGCUUGACUACAGCUCUGAAGGGAUUUCGGAUUAUGAUGUACUUCAGUUGCCAGUUUCAGAUUGUAAAACCGUGUUGUUGUUGACGGCUGUAUCCGUUGUGGUCCGGCUGUUCAGGAUCUACCAGCCAACAAGUGUGGUAUUCGAUGAAGUGCACUUCGGUGGAUUUGCGACCAAAUAUAUCAAUGGAAAGUUUUUCAUGGACGUACAUCCCCCGCUCGCGAAAAUGCUCAUCGCCCUUGUCGGAUACCUGGCUGGAUUUCGCGGUGACUUCGACUUCAAAGAAAUCGGGAAGGAUUAUUUGGAGCCCGGGGUUCCAUACGUAGCUAUGCGUAUGCUGCCCGCAAUAAUGGGUAUUAUGGCUGUCCCAACCAUGUUUCUUACGUUGAAGGCAUAUGGGUGCCGAACAUCCACGGCUUCUAUGGGCGCGCUUCUUGUUACGUUUGAGAACGGUCUUGUUACCCAGUCACGCUUUAUACUCCUCGAUUCACCUUUAAUCAUAUUUACGGCCCUAACUGCCCUCGCCUUUACAAAUUUUACAAACCAACAUGAGCAAGGUCCAUCGCGAGCAUUUGGGGCCUCCUGGUGGUUUUGGCUUACACUUACAGGCAUCUUCCUGGGUGCUACUGUCAGUGUAAAAUGGGUGGGGCUUUUUACGAUCGCGUGGGUUGGAAGCCUGACACUCGUUCAACUCUGGGUACUCCUCGGUGAUACUCGAACAGUGACGAUCCGUGUGUGGUUUAAACACUUCUUUGCUCGAGCAUUCUGCCUCAUUGUCAUUCCCGUCGGGUUCUACAUGGCCAUGUUUGCGAUUCACUUUUUGUGCUUGUCCAACCCAGGGGAUGGAGAUGGCUUCAUGUCUUCUGAAUUCCAAGCGACCCUCAGUUCCAAAAAAAUGCAGGAUGUACCAGCUGAUGUAGCGUUCGGUUCGAGGGUUACCAUCCGCCAUCACAAUACUCAGGGAGGAUAUUUGCAUUCGCAUAACUCUAUGUAUCCCGAGGGCAGCAAGCAGCAGCAGAUUACUCUAUAUCCCCAUAAGGAUGAAAACAACAUCUGGAUCAUGGAAAACCAAACUCAGCCAUUGGGUGAAUAUGGAGAAAUCGAGGGACCAUCUGCCUGGGAUAACCUGACUGCUAACCACGUCAUAGACGGGUCAGUGAUCAAGCUCUAUCACACAAGCACUCAACGAAGACUUCAUUCACAUGAUGUACGCCCACCCGUAACGGAAGAGGAAUGGCAGAAUGAGGUAUCUGCUUAUGGCUAUGAAGGGUUUGCCGGUGAUGCGAACGACUUAUUCCGCGUUGAAAUUGUCCGAUCAAUGUCCGAUGGUGACGAAGCGCAGAAGCGCAUCCGCACAAUUAAGACGAAAUUCAAACUCGUCCAUGUGAUGACAGGAUGCGUUCUAUUUUCGCACAAGGUGAAGCUUCCAGCAUGGGGCUUUGAGCAGCAGGAAGUUACAUGCGCCAAAGGUGGCUCCUUACCCAAUAGCAUUUGGCCAUUGCCACGCUACGGUGGCAACGCAGCUGCCCAUGAUUAUAAAAACGUCACCUUCAAACGAUUCGAUUAUGAGAUUGGCCAAACUGUUCUAGGAUGGGCUUUCCACUACUUCCCUUUCUAUCUUAUGGCCCGCCAACUCUUCCUUCAUCACUAUUUCCCGUCUUUAUACUUUGCCAUCCUUGCAUUCUGUCAGGUCAUCGACUAUGGCGUCAACAGAAUCAGUCUCUCUGGCAUGGUGAGCAGCAAACGUGUAAUUGGCAAGAUAUUCAUGGUGCUCUUCGUUGUUUUGUCUAUUGUGACUUUCACCAUGCUCUCGCCCUUGGCGUAUGGUAACCCUUGGACUAAAGCUGCAUGCCGCAGAGUCAAGCUUCUUGAUUCUUGGGAUUUUGAUUGUAAUCUCUUCCAUAAUGAUCUAGCUGAUUAUCAGAAAGCGAGCUUUGUCGGUGGAACUACAAAAUCUGUACAGGCAAUGCCAACUCCCGAGUCGCAACAGCAGCAGCAAAGGGUUGUUGACCAGGCGGAAGGAGAAGACAAUGCUGCAUUGGUGACCCCUGUACAAAACCUAGCAUCUACCCAUCUCGACUCAGUGGUAUAUCGUGAUCAGCAUGGAAAUGUUUUGAAUGAAGAGGAAGUUGCAAUGCUGGAGAAAAAUGGCAUCGUUUCAUUUGAAACCAGAUAUGAAACCAAGACACGAAUAAUCGAUGCUCAGGGUCGCGAGAUUAAUGGGGAACAACUAGCCCCUUCCCACCCCGAUGCGGAGGGACAGAAUCCCGAAACAGAAGGCCAAGGCGGCACGGUAGGUGAGGUUCCCAUUAACAAACCUGCAUCCGUCCCUGGUGAUGAGAAAUCCGUAGAACGGGAGGACGAUGGUUUUUGUUUUGGAGAUAUGCUGAUCAAGAAAUGUUUCAGUACCAUUCUCUUGCAUUGA